AUGACAUAUGCAUCCAUGUGCACAGGCUCAUUAGUUUCGACAAGGGCGGUACUCACGGCCGGUCAUUGCGUUUGUGGAGAGACACCAAUCGUUCGGAUUUCAUUCCUAUCACUGAGGGAAUUUGAGCAGAGAACUAUUAAUCAUCAACCUUCUGAAAUUAAAGUUGCACCAGAUUACUAUCCUGUUUGUCAGUUGAAACGAGAAAAUAAACGCAUUACGAAGUCACUUAGUGGUUAUGAUAUGGCAAUUAUAACACUCACUAGUUCGGUCAACCUGGAGACUGGGAUUAAAGUAGUCAGUCUGGCAACUGAAUCGGAUAUACCAAUACCAGAAAGUAUUGUUUAUAUGGUAGGCUAUGGACAGGAUGUUAAGGAUUCUGAUCCGGCCGGUCGAAAUGGUGGAAUUUUAAAAAAAGGAAAAACGAUGUGUACAGGCUCACUAGUGUCAACAAGGGCAGUGCUCACAGCUGGUCAUUGUGUUUGCUCACCACUUCCAGUCUCUCGGGUUUCAUUUCUCACACUGAGGAUCGGAGACCCAAAAGGAAUCCAUUACAAACCGUCAGGAGUGAAGGUCGCACCAGAUUACAUGCCCUCUUGUACGUCGAAACGACAGGGGGAACCAGCCCAAUAUGCGAUCAGUGGAGCCGACAUUGCAGUUAUAAUGCUCGCUCAAUUGGUCAACGUACGGACUGGAAUCAAGGUGCUCAGUCUGCCACAGCCAACGGAUAUACCGACACCUGGAACUCCGGUUUUCAUUGUUGGUUAUGGAAGGGAUGAUAACGACCGUGAUCCACAACGUAAAAAUGGUGGAAUUUUAAAGAAAGGAUCUAGAAAAAUGUCAUCAGAUCAAUUAAAACAAUCAUUUUUAUCAUUUUGUAAUUUUGUUAAAAAAGAUUGUCAAAUUUAUUCAAAAAAUUUAGAUACAAAUCGGAUUGAUAUUGAAUUUCGUGCACAUAUUGGAAGUACUAAAAGAGACGUUGAUUUCCCAGGAUUUGUAAGUUUUCUGGAAGGUCGAUUAGCAAAAGUUUAUGCCGCUGCCAACGGUAUGGAACAUGAAGAUGCAGUAAUUGAGCUUAAACGUAAAAUAGCUGAAACAUCACCAGCGAUUCAUGGUGGUACUAAAAUUAGCUCUGAUCCAACAACAUCUAGAUUGACAAAUGUAAAAACAUUUACUGGUUCACAUAAAGAACGUUUUGAUAUAGAAACUGGUAAAGGUUUAGGUAAAGCUGGUCGUGUUGAUCCAUCACCAUGUUUUACUACUAGUGGAAUAUCAGAGCCAAGAAAAUAAAUUCAAUUGUUUGUUUGUUUGUUUUUCCUUUGAAAUAUCUGAUGAUUCUCAAUUGCAUAUGUAUAUAUACAUAUAUGGAGAGAGAGAUAGAGAGAGAGAGAGAGAGAGUGAAGUUCUAUUAUAUUCACUAUUUACUCGUCUACCUCCCUCUGUUCCUCUCUCUUCCUUCCCUCCUCUCUCUCUCUCGCUCACGUACACACACGCACACAUAUAUUUACGUGUUCAUUUUGUUUCUAUAUGAGUUUUUAUUUUGUUUUAUAUUCAAUAUUCGUACUUUAUAAAAAUGUAAUUG